AUGAUGAAUAGGGCUUUGACUCCGAGGACGAGGAGGAGCUACAAGUACGACGAAGAUAGUUGCCGGUCGAUGUCGAUUCACGAGUACGAGGAAUUCAUGGUGGGGUUCAAGGAGGAUCUCCCGCUCAAAUUCUGCGACCAAUACCGCGGGAAGGGGAAGGGGAAGCAGAUCACGCUGAAGGAGGCGCUGAGGGCGUCGGUUGGGGUGCUGGGAGAGAGUCCGAUGGGGAUGACGGAGAAAGUGGUGCUUCUGGGCGGCAAAACAUGCGCGGUUAAGCGGUUUAGGAUGGUGAUGGUGAAGAGGGUUGAGUUUGGAAGGAGGGUUGAGAAGCUGGCUCAGAUUAGUAGCCAAUGUGAAUUUCUUGUUCCCUUCUUUGCUUAUCUGUAUGCUAAGAGGAUCAAGUUGGUUGUCUGUGAUUAUUAUCCCAUGGGAAGCCUUGCAGAUCUUCUUUCAGGUGCGAGGGAGCGAGGUCAAACAGCGCUAGAGUGGGGCCAACGGCUGCAGAUAGUGGUCAGCAUUGCCCAAGCCAUUGCAUUUAUCCACUCCCAACCCCACCACUCUGAUCACAAGGACAAGGACAUGUACCUAAACGUCCAUGGCAACAUCAAGUCCUCCAACGUCAUGAUCAACGUCGACUUCACCGCCUGCCUCGCCGACUACGGCUUCGCCCAGCUCGCCGCCCGGACGGACCACUGCGACACGCCACAGCACGUCAAGUCAUCGUCGUUUAGGUCAAACUUCAGGUUUUCCGAAACACUAAGUCAGAAGAGCGAUGUGUACAACUUCGGGGUCAUCUUACUGGACGUGCUGGGGAUAAAGAAGAGCGACGUGAACAAAAGGGGACUAAAGAUGGGCAGUUGUUUCGAAUUCGACGUUCAAGGGAAGGAGAAACGGCAAGCGUUUGGGGUAUGGGACAUUGCUUUGGCUUGCACCAAGAAGUUGCCCGAGGAGAGGCCCGAUAUGGAGAAGGUGGUCACACUUGUGUACGAUGUGAAAAAGGUAACCAUGUAG